AUGUCUGUAUCAAAAUUAGAAUUACUUCCGAAUGAAAUAUUAAUUCAUAUAUUUGAAAAAUAUAUAAAUGGUGUAGAUAUAUUGGUUGCAUUUGCUGAUUUACAAAAUCAACGUUUCAAUGCAAUUAUAUCGCAAUGUCAACGAUUUUAUUUUAAUUUUUUUCAUUGUCGAAAAGAUUAUUUUUAUUUUUGUCUUGAUCUUUUACCAACUUAUAUCGAACGAAUAGAAAUAUUAAUUUUAUCUGAACAAAAUACACCUGGUCAAAUUCAUACAUUUUUAUCAUUUUUUCCAUUAUUUAUUUCAUUUAAACGACUUCGUAAACUUUAUUUUCAAUUAAAUGGUAAAACUAUUGAUUGGUCAAUAGCUCAGCGAGCUAUUCUUUCAUUAUUACAUACACCUAUUGAUACAAUUAUUCUUAAAGCAAUAGAAACAGAAUAUAUGCCAACAUUAAAUUAUGUUAUUGGUGAUAUAUUAAAAUUAAAAAAAAUUAAACGAAUUAUGUUAAUUAGUGAUUUUCAACGUAAUCAAUGGAAUUUUUUAACUAAUAUUUCAUCAACAGUUGAAUAUUUUACAAAUUUUGAUCUAUCAUGCGAAUUUCAACAUGUACAAUCAAUAUUUCGAUGUGCUUCUCAUCUUAAAUAUUUUAAUGUUCGAUUUACUUCAAAUUCAUAUUAUGGUCUCUAUUAUUUAUCACAACCUUCAAACAAUAAUAUUAUUACAAUGUUUAAUCUUCAGACUGUUAUAUUAUCAUUUCAAUCAAAUGAUUCGACAACAUUUGAUAUGUUAGCACAAUAUCUUAAAGCUAUGCCUAUUUUACGUCAUUUAGAAAUUAAAGCACAUAAUGCACUUCUACAAGCAAGUGCUUGGGAAUCUUUAUUAAAAGAAUCAUUACCUUUGCUAAAUAAUUUUAUUCUUAAGACAACGACAUAUUGUAUAAAUGAAGCUGAUAUUGAAAAUAUUCUAACAACAUUUGAUACAUCAUUUUGGAGAGCAAAAAAAAAUUUUUAUAUGAUGAUAACAAAAUAUGAAUAUUCAAAUUUGAAUAGAUUCGAUGUAGGAAAUAUGCAAUAUGGUGAACAAGAUGAAUAUAAUCAACCAGUUCUACGAUACUGGAUAGUACCUAUACGUGCUCGUAUUGAUGAUAUUCCUACGAAUGAAAUUAUUAAUUUUGGUAUAUCUGAUAUAACUAGUUCUUUAUCAAAUAAUUACUAUUUCAAGAAUCUUAGAUAUCUCGUAGUUUAUAAUCUAGAUCGAGAUCUUCUCCAAUGGUUUUUAACCUAUGUAAAUUAUUCACAAAUUCAAUAUCUUGAUAUUUCACUACUUGGCAAGGAAUCUAAUAUAAUUAAUUUACUUUUAUCAUGUGUUAUAAAUAAUAUAACUUCACUUCGGAUUCAAUAUAGUCUUUUACUUAGUAAUCAAAAAGUUUAUUUAGAAAAUAAUAAUUAUUUGAAAUGUCUUGAUAUAUCUGUUGAUGAACAUAAUUUUGAUAAAAACGAUAUUAUUACUAUUUCACAAUUGUUUCCUUACAUAGAACAUUUAACAAUUAAUACGAUACAAUUAUCGAAUAUUCCAUUAAUAAAGACUUAUCUACCACAUCUUCGUUGUCUUACAUUUAAAAUUACUGAUUUUCCAUAUUCAUCUUAUAAUCGUGAUGAACAAAAAGUAUGGGAUGAUCAAUUACUACGAAAAGUUAAAUUCUUAUUUGAACGUAAAGUAGAUUCGAUAACAAUUUGGACUGAUGACGAUGUAUUCAAAGAAUCUUACUGGGAUAAAUUUAGUUAA